AUGUGUGUUUAAACAGGUAGUUCCGCUACAGCCGUGUCACAGGUACUCCUCCCUGAAUGUAACAGUAGGCCCAAUUUAUGUCGUUUAUGUGUGACGUAACAGUAAGGAGCAUAAGUCAUCACUGACUUAUGACUGAGCGUGUCACAGGCGCUCCUCACUGAAAAUAACAGUGGCGGAAACGGUUAGGUCCAGGCCCAGCUCAGGGUGACUGAAACCCCGGAUCAGACUAUAACGUGUCUGCAGCGACAGAACACACGACAUGCAGAAGUGAGGGCUGCUGGAAACAUUGGAUCAGCGUGAGGAGCAGGAGCGAGUUGACCACACACGCCAUUCACGGGUGCAUGUGAACGAGACAGCUUUGUCCAGGAACCUGAACUGUGAGAAAAGUGAUGUUGUCCCAAUUUCGACGCCUGACACCAGGAUAUAUUCGAUACCUGCAGACUCGUGCAGCAUGGAGCAGAUGGGAGAACGAGGGAUCUCUGGUGGCACGGUUCGCCAUGCUGCUCGGCCUCAUGGGUACUGGGAUGUCAGGGUACGGUUCCCGUCAGCUCACUUUACACUACGAACCAUCGCCACAUCUGCUGCGCUGACGUAGAAGAGGAGAGAGGACGAGAUAGAGGACUUGAAGCUUAUUGAGUAAUAAUUAACAUUUCUAUAUUAUUUAAUUCUGUGUCGUUUAAUUUCUGUAUCAUUUCUUUAUUUAAAUAAUAAUCCUUAGUAGUCAGCCAAGCUCUCCGUGAAUAGACAAUCCC